GAGUUUUUGAGUGCGUGCACCACAUAUAUCUGUGUUUAUAGAAACAUUAACAGCAGACAUUCAAACUAGUUUGCCAGCCUUAACAAUGGCUGCAUCCCUUCUAUUUCUACGGUCCCGAAUCUCCCUUAUACUUCCUUUCUCGCCGAUGCCCAAUUUUAUAGCAUUCAACUCAACAAUUUCACGUUUAACUUUCUCCACUGCUUCUGCUUCGCCACCUAAGCAAAUCGGCACUCAUAACGGCACCUUCCACUGCGACGAAGCCCUAGGAUGCUUUAUGAUUGGCCUCACGUCAAAGUUCCACGGAGCCCAAAUCAUUCGAACUAGAAACCUUCAGGUUUUGGAUACGCUUGACGCGGUGCUUGAUGUUGGGGGAGUAUACGAUCCGAGAACCGAGCGGUUUGAUCAUCAUCAGAAAGGAUUCGAUGAAAUACUUGGUAAUGGAUUUACCACCAAGCUAAGUAGUGCUGGCCUUGUGUAUAAGCAUUAUGGGAUUGAGAUAAUUGCAAAGGCAAUUCAGCUGGAUGAAGGUCAUCCCGACGUUCAUAGCCUGUUUUCAGCUGUUUACAGGAAUUUUGUGGAGGCAGUUGAUGCUAUUGACAAUGGAAUCAAUCGGUAUGAGACAAAUCAACCUCCAAGAUAUGUGAACAACACAACUCUUUCCUCCAGAAUCUCCAGAUUGAAUUUGAACUGGUAUGAUGCUGAUCAAUCACCUGAGAAAGAAGACCAAGCAUUUCAACGUGCAAUGAAUUUGGCUGGGGGUGAAUUUAUGGAUUGUAUCCACUUUCAUGCCAAAUCAUGGUUGCCAGCAAGAUCGGUUGUAAUGGAAUGUCUUGCAACAAGAAAGAACAUUGAUUCCAGUGGAGAAAUCAUGUUACUGACUAUGUCUUGCCCUUGGAAGCUUCACAUAUUUGAGCUUGAGGUGGAAAUGAAGAUUGAUCCUGUCUUGAAAUACGUUAUUUAUCAGGAUAAGAGGAACAGUAAGUGGAGAGUGCAGGCAGUAGCAGUGUCACCAGAUAAAUUUGAAAGCAGGAAGGCUCUUCCAUCUCAUUGGAGGGGUUUAACAGAUGAUCAUCUUUCUCAAGUGGCAGGAAUAUCUGGCUGUGUGUUUGUACAUUCAAGUGGAUUUAUUGGUGGAAACAAGACUUAUGAGGGUGCACUAGCCAUGGCAAGAGCUUCUUUAUUGGCUUAAGCAAAAAAAAAAAAAAAGGUGUUUAUUCUUCUGGAUUUUGAAGUAUAUCACAAGGUAAUGCACUUUUCCAAUAGUCAAUCCAACUCCUCGUUAUAGGUAGAACAUUGUCGAAC